AUGAGCUACGACUUCGACGGGGAGAGCAGCAGUGGCGGGGAGGGCGGCGCAGGCGGAAGCGGAAGCGGGCGCCGAUUGCGGCAGGGGCACCGCAGCUUCUCUCACCGCUCCGCAGUGCUCUCCCCCCCCAAUACCUCCCCCUUAGGAUCUCCCGCCGUAGCUUCCCCCGCCGCCAGGCCCGCCAGUCCCCUGGGAAGUCCGCGCAGAAGCGCUCUCGGGGGGGGCGGUGCGUUUGGUGGGGUUGGCGCGCUUGGGGGCCUCGGCGCGCUUGGAGACGGUGGGGGCGGGGGGGACAGUCCCGCGGGGCUGGCGCUUAGGCCCUUGAAGCUGGGAAGGGGGAGUCCGCGCGGGGGCGCAGUCCUCCCUGCGGAAGGGGGAGCGGGGGGAAGGGUCGGCGGAGACGGGGGUACAGGCGCAGGGCGGCGUGAUACCGGUGCCGCGGGGGAAGAGAGCGGGCGGAGUGGGACAGGUGUAGCUAGUGAGACGAGGGUGGGGGAGGCUGCGCAGAGUGAUGUACUCGCGGGGGAGCAAGAGGCGCGGGCGCAAGGCACAGCGCAACAGCAAGCGCGUGAUGGGACGGCAGCGGGGGGCGCCUCCGGAACCCCCAAGUCCGCCCCCGCGUCGCCCAGCUGGCUGGGCGGGUGGGCGGGCCUACUGCUGGGCGCGGGGGGGGGGAGAGGGGGGCGUGGCGGAAGAGGGGAAGGGGGAGGCGGGAAAGGGGGAGGCUGGAGUGGGGAGAGCAGGGGCGAAGGGGAGGGGGCGAUUGACGAUGAGAGUGACUUUGCGUUCCAGGCAGAGCGGUGGGGCGAGGGGGGCACAGCGAGUGGUGGAGUCCGGGGGAUGGUGCAGGAUGGUGGGGUGAUGCAGGAUGGUAUGGGGAUAGACGGUAAUUAUAAGCCAAAUAGAGAUGAUUAUGAUAGCGAGGAUAGAUGGACACGUUGCAAAACAGAGCGAGCUGACCACGAGAAGGCCGAUAGUGAUAAGAGUGGCAGCAGUGAGCAAGCUAAUAACGAGGAUAAUGGGAAGGAGGAGGCUCGUAGCGAUGGCAGUGCACGUGAGGAAGCCAAUAGCGAGGACAUUGGUAGUGAGGGAGCUAGUAGCGAGGACAGUGAGGGUGAUGAGACUAGUAUGACGGAUGCUGAAAGUGAGGUGGGAAGGAGUGAGAGUGAGAGUGAAAAUGAGAGUACGAGUAAGAGUGAGACUGAGAGUGAGAGUGAGAAUGAGAGUGAAACCGAGAGUGAGAGUGAGAGUGAGAGUGAGGAGUCUGAUGAUGGUGUGCGAAAGGAGCAAGAGGGGGGCAGUGAGGGAGCAAUGGAUGGGGACGGGGAAGCAGGACGUCAAGGUAAGAAGGGUGGGGGGGAGCUGGCUGUGGGGGACGAAGGGGAGAAAGAGGAAAGCGAGGAAGACAAGGAAAGAGAGGAAGAGGAGGAACGAGAGGAAAAGGAGGAAAGGGAGGAAGUGGAGGAAAGAGAGAAAGAGGAGGAAAGAGAGGAAAAGGAGGAAAGAGAAGAAGAGGAGGUAAGAGAAGAAGAGGAGGUAAGAGAAGAAGAGGAGGUAAGAGAAGAAGAGGAGGUAAGGGAAGAAGAGGAGGUAAGAGAAGAAGAGGAGGUAAGAGAAGAAGAGGAGGAACGAGGGAAAGAGGAAAGUGAGGAAGAGGAGGAAAGAGAGGAAGAUGAGGAAAGUGAGGAAGAGGAGGAAAGGGGGAAAGAUGAGGAAAUUGAGGAAGAGGAGGAAAGAGAGGAAGAGGAGGAAAGGGAGGAAGAGGAGGAAAGGGAGAAAGAGGAGGAACGAGAGGAGGAUGAACGGAAAGAGCAAGCGGAGGAGAUAUCACAGGGAGAGGGCGGGAAAGAGGAGGAGAAGGACGAUGAGGAGAGUGGGGAGGAAGGAGGGGUGAAGGCGAGGGCAGCUCUUGAGGGAAGGGGGAUGUCCAGGGCGAGUGAUGAGGAGAGCAGCAGGGCAGGGCGUGGCAGUGACAGGGAUGGGUGCAAGGAAAGGAGGGGAGAGAGUGAGGAGAGAGGGGACAUGUUCGAGGAGGGAAGGAGGGAGAGGGAGGAGAGGGAGGAGAGGGAGGAGCAGUGGGUGGAACCCUUGGGUGGGGUGAACGCGGCAGCAGCAACUGGACUGGGGGCUGCUGUGGGUGGUGCUGGGCAAGGAGAGAGUGAGAGCAUUGAGAGUGAGAGCGAGAGUGACAGAGAUGAGAGUGAGAUUGAGGGAGAUGAGAGGGCGAUUGAGAGUGAGAGUGAGGGGAAUGAGGGAGAGAGUGAGAGCAGUGAGAGUGAGAGUGAGAGCGAGGGGGAUGAGAGGGAGAUUGAGAGUGAGCGUGAGGGGAAUGAGGGAGAGAGUGAGAGUGAGAGCGAGGGGACUAAGGGAGAGAGGGAGAGUGAGGGUGAUAACGAGGGGGGCGAGGAAAGGGAAGGGCAAGUAGAGUGUGAGAGGGGGAGGUCAUUGAAGGGUGUUGAAGCGACACCACCGGUGGGUGCGGCUGAGGGUGAUGUGGAGCGGGAACACAGUGAGGCCAGCGAGAGUGAGAGCGAUAGUGAGGGGGAGAGUGAGAGUGAGGAGAGUAAGGGUGAAGAGAUUGAGAAUAAGGACAGUGGGAGUAAGUUGAGCGAGAGUGAGGGAAGUGAGAGUGAGGAGAGUGAGAGUGAGAGUGAGAGUGAGGGUGAGGGUGAGGGUGAGUGUAAGAGAGAGGAGGGAAACGAAGGGCAAGUGGAGUGUGAGAGGGAGGGAUCCUUGAAGGGUGUUGAAGCAGCAGCACCGUUGGCUGCUGCUGAGGGUGGUGUGGAGCGGAGACAGAGUAAGGCGAGCGAGAGUGGAAGUGAGAGUGCGGGGACUGGGAAUGCGAGGGAUAGUGAGAGUGUGGAGGGAGCGGAAGGGAGGGUGGAGCAUGGAAAGGAAGGGGAGGGACCCUUGGAUGGUGUUGAAGCCGCAACAGUGGCUGCACCAAUGGGUGCUGUGGGUGGUGUGGAGCAGGAACAGAGUGAGGGGAGUGAGAGUGAGAUUGAGAGUGAAGGGACUGAGAGGCAGAGCGAGAGUGAGGAAACUAAACGUAAGGAGAAUGAGAAUAAGGACAGUGAGAGUAAGUUGAGCGAGAGUGAGGGAAGUGAGAGUGAGGAGAGUGAGAGCGAGGGUGAGAGUGAGGGAGAGGAGGGAAUGGAAGGGCAGGUAGAGUAUGAGAAGGAGGGGGCCUUGAAGGGUGUUGGAGCGACCGCACCAGCUGCACUGGUGAGUGGGGAUCAGGAACAGAGCGAGAGGAGCGAGAGCGACAACGAGAGUGAGGAGAGUGAAAGUGGGGGUGCGGGUGAGAGAGAGGGGCAGGAAGGGCAGGCGGAGUAUGAGGAGGGGUCCUUGAAGGGUGUUGACGUGACCACGCCAGCUGCACUGGUGGCUGCUGCGGUGGGUGGUGUGGAGCAGGAACAGAGUGAGGGGAGCGAGGGUGAGAGUGAGGGUGAGAGCGAGAGUGAGAGUGAGAGUGUGGAAGGAGGGGAAGGGAAGGUGGAGCAUAGAAAAGAGGGGGAGGGGCCUUUAGAUGGUGUUGAAAUCACAGCAGCGGCUGCACCGAUGGGUGCUGUGGGUGGUGUGGAGCAGGAAGAGAGUGAGGGGAGUGAGAGUGGGAGUGAGAUGGAAGGUGAGAGGGAGAGGGAGAGUGAAACUGAGGAGACUAAGGGUCUGGAGAUUGAGAAUAAGGAGAGUGGGAGUAUGUUGAGCGAGAGUGAGGGAAGUGAGAGUGAGAGUAAGGAGAGUGAGAGGGAGAGUGAGAGGGGGACUGAAAGUGAGACUGAGAAUGAGAGUGAGGACGGAAGGAAAGAAAGGGUGGAGCAUGGAAAGGAGGGGGAGGGGCUCUUGAAUGGUGUUGAAGUCAUAGAAGCAGCUGCAUUGGUGGGUGCUGCUGUGGGUGGGGUGGAGCUGGAACAGAGUUUGGGGAGUGAGAGCGAGAGCGAGAGCGAGAGUGAGAGUGAGAGCGAGAGCGAGAGUGAGAGUGAGAGUGAAGGGACCGAGAGGAAGAUUGGGAGUGAGGAGACUCAGGGUGGGAAGAUUGAGAAUAAGGAGAGUGAGUGUAAGUUGAGCGAAAGUGAGGGAAGUGAGAGUGAAGAGAGUGAGAAUGAGAGUGAGAGUGAGAGUGUGAGUGAGGGAGAGGAGGAAACGGAAGGGCAGGUAGAGUAUGAGAAGGAGGAAUCCUUGAAGGGUGUUGACGCGACCACACCAGCUACACUGGUGAGUGGGGAGCAGGAACAGAGUGAGGGGAGCGAGAGUGAUAGUGAGGGGACUGGGAGUGAUUGUGGUAGUGAGAGUGCAAUGGGAGGGGUAGGGAGGGUGGAGCCUGGAAAGGAGGGGGAGGGGCUCUUGGAUGGUGUUGCAGCCACAGCAGCUGCUGCACCAAGGGGUGCUGUGGGUGGUGUGGAGCAGGAGCAGAGUGAGGGGAGUGAGAGCGAGAGUGAGAGUGAAGGAGACGAGAGCGAGGGUGAGAGUGAGAGUGAGAGUGAGAGAGAGGAGACUAGGGGUGGGGAGAUUGAGAAAAAUGAAAGUGGGAGUAAGUUGAGCGAGAGAGAGGGAAGUGAGUCUGAGGGGAGUGAGGUUGAGAGUGAGAGUGAGAGUGAGGGAGAGGCGGGAAAGGAAGGGCAGGUAGAGUAUGAGAAGGAGGAAUCCUUGAAGGGUGUUGACGCGCCAGCGCCAGCUACACUGGUGGCUGCUGCUGUUGGUGGUGUGGAGCAGGAAGAGAGUGAGGGGAGUGAGAGUGAUAUUGAGAGUGCAGAGUGCGGGGAAGAGAAGGUGGAGCAUGGAAACGAAGGGGACGGGCACUUGGAAGGUGUUGCAGCCACAACAGCGGCUGCACCGGUGGGUGCUGCGGAUAGUGUGGAGCAGGAAGAGAGUGAGGGGAGUGAGAGUGAGAUUGAGAGUGAGAGUGAGACUGAGAGGAAGAGUGAGAGUGAGGGUGAGAGCGGGAGCGAGAGUGGGAGCGAGAGUGGGAGCGAGAGUGGGAGCGAGGGUGGGAGUGAAGGGGCGGUGGAGCAUGGACAGGAGGGGCCGUUGGAUGGUACUGAGAGCUCAGCUCCUCUAGCUGGAUCGAUGGCUGCUGCUGUGAGUGGCGUGGGGCAGGGACAGAGAGAGGGGCGCGAGGGUGAGAGUGACAGCGAGGGUGAGGACGGAGAGGAGGGGCAGGUGCAGUGCGGUACGGAGCGGUGCUUGGAUGAUGAUGAAGUGGCAGCGCCAGAUGCACCGGUGGUUGCUGCUGUGGGUGGUGUGGGGGAGGGAAAGAGUGAGGGGGGUGAGAGUGAGAGUGACAGCGAGGGUGAGGACAGAGAGGUUGGGCAGGUGAAGUGCGGUACUGAGGGGUGCUUGGAUGAUGAUGAAGUGGCAGCGCCAGAUGCACCGGUGGUUGCUGCUGUGGGUGGUGUGGGGCAGGGACAGAGUGAGGAGGGUGAGAGCGAGGAGACUACGGGUGGGGAGAUAGGGAAUAAGGAGAGUGGGAGUAAGUUGAGCGAGAGUGAGGGAAGUGAGAGUGAGGAGAGUGAGAGUGAGAGUGAGAGUGGGAGCGUGAGUGAAGAAAGCAAGAGUCAGAGUGAGAGAGAGGAGAGUGGGAAUGAGAGUGAGAGAGAAGAGCGUGGGAAUGAGAGUGAGAAAGAGGAGAGUGGGAACUUGGAACAAGCAGGUGAAGCAUACGGGGAGGAGAGCAGAGAGGAGGAAAGUGAGUGUGAGAAUGGCAGCUCUACUCAAUUUGACGCCCAGGCCACUCAAGCUGAUUUCCAUGCCACCGGCACGGCUAAAGUACCCGAGAGUGCAGCAGUGCUGGAAGUUCUGAGUCCUGUCUAUGCCGAUGCCACGUGUAGCACACCCGCCCUGCAGGCUCCCUGGGACGACCAUGGCAGCAACUGCUAUGCCUCUGGUGGUGGUGCUGGUGAGAGUGCUCGUGGCUUGGUUGCAGCGGUGGAUGCAGCGGGUGAGGGGGAGAAGCAUGGGGGGAGGGAAAAGGAGAGGGAGGGAGCUGGGGAGGAAGUGCAGGACAUGUUUGCGGAAGAGGAGCUGGCGGCUGUGGGCGUGGAGGAGGAAGGGAGUGGGGAAGUGGAGAGCGAGGGAGUGCAGGCAGCAGCAGCGGAGGGUUAUGGAGGUGGGGAGGCAGCGAGAGAGGCAGCGAGAGAUGCAGCGAGAGAGGCAGCGCAGGACAUGUUUCUGAAGGCGGAUCGGGUUUCUCUUGGCGUGGCAGAGGGAAGUAGGGAUUUGGAGAAUAGGGGAGAGAAGAGGGCAGAGGAGAGUGAGGGAGAGAAUAGGGCAGAUGAGAGCGUGGGAGUGGGGGGAGUGGCAUUGAAGGUCGAUAGAGCAAGAGGGGGAAUGCAGGAUAUGUUUGUGGAAGAGGAGCUGAGUUCGCUGGGCGUGGAAGAAGGGAGCGGGGCGGUGGAGAGGGAGGGAGAGAAGGGGUUAGUAAAGAAUGAGGGAUUUGGGGCGGCAGUAGAGGGUGAUGGAGGGAGGGCGGCAGUGCAGGUGCAGGAUAUGUUUGUAGAGGGGGAGCUUUCUGGGCUGGGGGUGGAGGAAGGGAGUAGGACAGUGGAAAGGGAGGGAGAAGAACGGCCAGUGCAGCAUGAGGGAGUGAGAAUGCGAGCGGAGAGUGAGAGAGGAGAAAUGCAGGACAUGUUUGCAGAGGGGGAGAUUGCUGGGCUGGGCGUGGAGGAAGGGAGCGGGAAAGUGGAGAGCGAGGGAGAGAAGAGGGCAGUGGAGAGGGAGGGAGGCGGGGCGGCAGUGGAGGGUGAUGGAGGGAGGCUGGCAGUGCAGGAUAUGUUUGUAGAGGGGGAGCUGGUUGCUCUGGGCGUGGAGGAAGGGAGGAGGGAAGUGCGGUGUGAGGGGGAGGCGCAUGGAGGCGGGGAGGAGGCGGCGACGGCAGUGCAGGAUAUGUUUGUAGAGGGGGAGCUUGCUGGGGUGGGCGUGGAGGAAGGGAGGGGGAUGGUAAAGAGGGAGGGAGCGAAGAAACCAGUUGGUAUCGAGGGGCCGAGGGCGGCAGUGGCGAGUGAUGCAGGGAGGGCGGCAGUGCAAGACAUGUUUGAGGAAGGGGAGCUUGCUGGGCUGGGCGUGGACCGGGAGGGUGUUGAGAUAGAGAGGCAGGACGGGGUGGGGGGGUCAAGCGCAGAGGUGGGGGUGGAGGAGCACACAGCUGCAAUGCAGGCGCCGCCUGCUGCUGCUGCUGCUGCUGCUGCUGCUGCUGCUGCUGCUGCUGCUGCUGCUGCCGCCGUUGCUGCCGCAGCUUCUGCCGCUGCUGCUGCCUCUGUUCUUCCCAUUCUGGCCAGGGACAACACCCCCCACGUCCCUCACGCUCCCCACGCCCCCCACACCCCCCACACCCCCCUCAGCCCCCCCACCACGCCCAGGAGCGGUGUGAGUCCGAAUGCACGGCAGCGCAUGCAGCGGGCGGCGAGGAAGCUGCAGUUCGUCACGUUCCUGCGCUCGCACAUGGGGGGGAAGGCGGAGGCCGGGGCUGGUGGGACACACAUGGGGAACAUGGCGGAGGGUGGAGCGCACGUGGGGGGGAGGGUGGAGGGUGAGGCGCAGGUUGGGGGAAGAGCGGAGGGUGAGGCAGGUGGUGCGCAGGUGGGAGGCAGGGCGGAGCAUAGGACUGAUGAGGAGCGACGGAAUGACCUUGAAGUCAAACUGGAGAGAGAAUCGAGGGUGGGUUGGGACGGCCCUGUGGGUGGUGAGGGGGAGAGCUUGGUAGUUGGUGACAGCACAGCGAGUGUGAUGGAGGCGAUGCAGCGUGCUGAUGGUUCUCUGGGUGGUGUGGGGGAGAGCUUGAUAGGUGAUGGCGGCACAGCAAGUGUCGAGGAUGUGAGCAUGGGUGCUGAUGGUACUCUGGGUGGUGUGAUGGGCCGAGGGGAGAGGCUGAAUCAGGUUGGGGAUGCACCAGGCUUGCGGGGAGGGGGUGGGAAGGAGAUGGGGGCAGAGGCGGCAAGGGAGGGGGGAGAGGGGCCGGAGAGUGAAGGGGAUCGGAAAGAGGGAGAAAUGGAGGAGAGGAAAGAUGGGAGCGUGGAAGUUGAAGGUGGGGAGAGCGAGGAGGAGGGUGGAGUAAGAGAGGGGAGGGUGAGUGAGGUGAGGGAAGAGGAGGGAGAAAGGAGGGAAGAGGAAAGAGAGGGGAGAGAAGAGGUGGGAGAGGGGAGGGAAGAGGAGGGAUCAGAGAUAGAGAAUGAAGGGGAAGGGGGAAGGGGAGGAGAGAGGGAGAGUAAAGUGCAGAAGGAACAUGAGGGGAAGGUGAGUGAAGUGGAGGGAGAGAGUGGGGAGAGUGAGGAGGAGGAAGGAGGGCGAUAUGAGGAGGAGGGAUCAAGGGAUGGGCAGGCAAGGGGGAAUGGCGUGUGGGGCAAGGGAGAGGGGGCAGGGAGUGAGAGGCAGGUGACAGACGAUUCAAGAGGAAGUGAGGGACGGCAGGAGGAACAGUAUUCUGAGAGCGGUGGGGAGAUGCUACAGGUGGAAGAGGGGAGUGAGAAGAAGCAAGAGGUAGAGGCGGAAGGGAGUGAUUCGCUUCUGCGAAUUCUCAAAAGUGCUCCCGACUCCCCGGCGUUCAUUCCGGAUUCUCCCACCUUUGGCGUUGCUGUCUCCAGCAUUCCGUCUGCCCUCCCUCCUCCUCCUCUUGCUGCUGAUGUGAGGGUUGACGAGAGCGAGGGGGGGAAGAGUGAAGAGGAGGGAGAGAGGGCGGAGAGUGAACAGGAGGGAGGGGAGGGAGAGAAUGGGGAGAGUGAAGAGGAGGGAGAAGAGGGAGAGAAUGGGGAGAGUAAAGAGAAGGGAGAGGAAGGAGAGAAGGGGGAGAGAAAAGAGGGAGAGUUGGCACGACAUGAGGAGGGGAGUGCAAGGGGGGUUGACGCAGGUGAGGGUGUCGGUGGUGUGGUUACCCAGGGACCGGGUAAAGGGGGCGAGGAGUGGGUGGGACAGGAGGAGGGAGGGGGUGAAUGCAGAGGGGGUGUACAGCAAGAGGGGCAUGUGGAGAGGCGAGUGCCAGCAGAGGAUGGUGCGCGGCAUGAUAGCAUCAGCGCCAGCAGCGCAGCAGGAGCAGCAGCAGUGGCGGCAGCAGCAGCAGCAGCAGCCGGAGUGGUGUCCGGGGCACUGGAGCCUGGGCAAUGGGCUGACACGGUGAGUGUGGUGGGGGGACGGUCGGAGACGCCCUUAACGACCGCUGCUUGCACACAUGGAAACGCCUACUGGUCUCUCGAUUUGCAUCUCACUUCCCUUCGUACUUGCUAUCCCUCACACCCCCUACUGUCCCUUCCAUCCCUAUUCGCCCCUUCCUCCCGGUUGCCCGCCUGCCAGCCGGUGGACCAAUCAGAAGACGGCGCCACGUCACACACUUCCUGUGAAGGCAUCUCCUCUCCCACCCGCACCAACGCUGCUUCUCAUGCCGAGUCGCUCUGUAACGAGGAUGCCACAUCCCCAUCGCUCUCCCCCGAUGCCACAUCCCCGUCCCUCGCCCUGGGCUCUCCCACAUUCCACACUGCGUCUCCUGCCACCUCCUCCUCCUCCUCUCUCCGUGCACACACUAGCUCCGCCCAUCACCCUGACUCCGCCUCCCCUCGUUCCCCCACCCCCACCGCUCCCCAUCUGCCCACCUCGGGCUCUCCUCGCGUCAGUGAAGCUGGGUCCCCCACUUCCAUUCCUGAUUCCCCCACAUUUGGACUCACCAGUACCCCUGCCAUUGCCAGCCCUACUUCUGCUGCUGCUACAGCUGCUGCUGCCGUUGUGGGUGAGCCGAGCACGGACUCGCCCACAUUCACCCCGGAUUCCCCAACCUUUGGGUUCGCUGCCCCCAGCGUCACAAGCGCGGGAGCACCUGCUUCUGCUGCACCUGCUGCUGGCGGGUGGGGGAGUGUCUCUGCAGCGGCUGCAGGCGCCCUCAGCAAUUCCUCCCCUCCCACUGUGGAUUUCUGGUCCGCUGACUCUGUUGACUCUGCUGACUCUGCUGACUUUGUUGACUCUGCUGACUCUGCUGCUCUCGAUCACGAUGCACUUGAUGGGCCUGAGUGUGAUGCGCACAGCGGUGUCGAUGCGCAGGGCGAGGAUGCUGCAGCUGGGGAGUCGCAAGCAGGAGAGACACUGCAGAAGGCAGCGCAGGGUGGGAAGCAGGAAGCAGAGCAGGAAGGGAAGCAGGAGGCAGAGGAAGGGGGGCAAAAGGAGGCAGAGCAGGGCGGGCAGGGCGGCGAGCGAGUGGACUGUCUGAUUGAAGACUCGGUGCACUCCAUGCUCUUUGGGGUGCGACCCUCACUACCACUCUCCAUUACCACUCUCCAUUACCACUCUCCAUUACCACUCUCCAUUACCACUCUCCAUUACCUCCCUCCCCUUUCACCACACGCCGUUAAUCACACGCCCCUCACUGUUCCUUGCAACUAUCCCGAACUCUCUUAA